GUUGAUAUGUAAAUAUCUAAGAUGGCGACCCCCAUAGAUGACAUGUUUUCUCUCUGCGAGGAUCCUGCAAAAACUAGUAAUUCUGUGGAAGUUAGAUUUAUCGAUAACAUCAAGGGGAAAGGAUUAUUCACUAAAAGGGCUUUUAAAAAGGGUGACACCAUUUUCAUUGAGCGACCUCUCGUUUCAGCCCAGUUCUUGUGGAAUGCCUUAUACAAAUACAGAGCAUGUGAAUACUGUCUCCGUGCUCUGGAGACGGCAGAGGAGAAUGCCUGGAGGUUGAGUGGUCUGCCAGCUCUCAGUCUGCUCCAUCCUGAACUGUGUAAGGUGCGACCUGACCGACACCAGGCCUGUCCACAAUGUCAGGUGAUGUACUGUAGUACAGAGUGCCGACUGACUGCAUGGGAGCAGUACCACAAAGUCCUGUGCCUUGGCCCCUCUCAUAAUGACCCAGAACAUCCAAUCAACAAACUGCAGGAGGCAUGGAGGAGUAUGCACUAUCCUCCUGAAACAUCAAGUAUUAUGUUAAUGGCCAAAAUGGUGGCUAUCGUCAAGCAGGCUCAAGAUAAAAAACAUUGGCAGAGGCUUUUCUCUAACUUCUGUAGCCGUACAGCAAAUGAAGAAGAGGAAAUAGUUCAUAAAUUGUUAGGAGAGAAGUUUCAGGGACAGCUGGCCUUGCUGCAUAAUCUGUUUACCACGGCUUUUCACGAUGACCGUCUCAGUCAGUGGUUUACUGCAGAGGGAUUCCGCUCUCUGUUUUCACUUGUUGGGACCAACGGUCAAGGUAUUGGGACCAGUUCUCUCAGUCAGUGGGUUCAUGCUUGCGAUGCACUGGAGCUUUCCAGCCAGCAGAGGGAGCAGCUAGACACCUUUAUCGACCAGCUGUACAAAGACAUUGACAAAGAAACGGGCGAUUUCCUCAACUGCGAGGGUUCUGGUCUCUUCCUGCUGCAAAGCUCUUGUAACCACAGCUGCGUUCCCAACGCCGAGGCGUCUUUUCCCGACAACAACUUUCUUCUUCACCUCAACGCCCUAAGUGACAUCAGCCCUGGAGAGGAAAUCUGUAUCAGCUAUCUGGACUGCUGCCAGCGAGACCGGAGUCGUCAUAGCCGGCACAAGAUCUUGAGGGAGAACUACUUAUUCAUCUGUUCCUGUCAGAAGUGCAUGUCCCAGGCAGGUGAUGCGGAUAUGACAUCAGAAGAUGAAGAGGAAGUGGAAGGAGAGGGCGAGACGGAGGGAGACGACAUGGAGGACGAAAUGACUGAUGUGUGAUUUCUGCUCAGGUUCUUUUGUCCACCCAGCCCAUCUCAGCUGUUUGUAUGUGGAUAAGAAACUUGACGCCAUAUUGCUGAUAUCUACAGCAGUAGAGAAACCAACAUCACGCUCACAGUAGCAUUGCAGUUGUUUGGCUGUUAUAACCUUAAUCUGAACGCCUAUGCAAAAUAGACUCGAGAUGCUGAUUCCAUGUACAGAGUUUGAAAUUCUUGAUGGUCAAGUAAAACUUCUUGAAAUCAUAAUGUGGUUGUUAAGAGUUAAAGCAGAAAGUUUUGUACAAGCACACACCAUAAAAACACACGUGACCAAAAAAUCAUACAUUGAAUAUUCUGUUUCUUCACAAAUGCAUUGUAAAUGCUUGCAAACAUAGAUUUCAAGAUGCUCCACAUGAACUAACUUGGUAUUCUUAAAUCUCACGCAUGGUUAGGUGAUAUCAGGUAUUGUUGGCUUCGCCAUCAUGCAGUCGGCUAGGAUUCCUUGCAGUCCAUACACCUGCAGUUUUGUCUUUUAUAAAUUGUAUCAAAGCUUGCCGCAGUCUGCAGCUCUCGGCUAAUCUCACCGAUGGCGGAUCUGUCGUAAGCACUGGCAUCUUAACUGCCAAGCUGAUGAAUUUUGCCCCGCGAUUCUCUUUUUGAUGUCUUGCGAGGACAAUCUGCCAUGUUGCAGAAGGUACGAAACUCCUGGCAAUCCCAUUUUAUACCUCUUGUCAUAAUCCUCCAGCUUUUAAUUCUCUCAUCCUCUGUUUAUGAAAUUCAUCUCGCAGCGUUCGCGCUCUUCUUUUCACGGAUGAUGUUAUUGACAAUUUCUACGUGUUUUUUCACCCAUCGGUCACAUCUGCCAAAUUAAUUAAUCGUUUAGUGGCGCAGACACUAAAUAAAGCAUUACAAGCAACCUUCUCAGAGCAAAACUAAACGUAAUGACAGAUCAGGGGGCUUCUGCCUUUGAAGAUCUUAAGCGCUUAACGUGAACUCCUGCUGUAAUUCAGUCGUGCUUGGGAAGGCAAGCGUCUUUGAUGCUGUUGCUUAUUUUUUGGGUUAAGGGUUCGAACAAACCUCAAAUCCUUGAACCUGCUUUUUAAGGUGAAGUGUGCUAUUACUUAGUCAUAUUUAUAAUUAUGACAUUUUGAUACGCAAAACUUUGUAUAAAACAUGUUUGCAUUGAAGAGGAUACCCAAGUCUUAUCUAGGGGCCAAAAGAUGAAAAAACACAAACGAUGAUAUUUUGAAUAUUGUUUGUAACCAAACAAUGGCGGUACCCAUUGACUCGCAUUGGUUUUGUGUCCAUACAAUAGACGUCAAUGGGUACCGCGGUUCCUCGGUUUCCAACAUUCUUCAAAAUAUCUUCUUUUGUGUUCUGCAGAACACAGGUUUGAAAUGACAGAAUUUUCACUUUUGAGUGCGUUAUCCAUUUAAAUAACUGCAUUGCAAUGCCUUGGCAACUAUCCACAACACCCUAGCAUUGAAAAACAAACGCAUCUUAUUUUUUUAGAAAAUGUAAUUUGCUUGUUUAAUCUAGUUGUAAUCUUGCUGUGGCAUCAAAUUAGUUUUAUAUUACCGGGCCAAUGAUUAUUCUUGCAUAUACUGUUGCCACUUUUCUUAGCCUCUGCCCGUUUAUAUGCUAAUAGGUUUCUUUAUUUUAUUUUCUCUUUUAAUUAGCGAGUAAUUCUUAUUUGGGAGACAUUUGAAAGGUUCCGUGCCUGUUCAGCCAGAUCGAGCUAAAACAACCAAAAAGUUUGUUUUCCGAAACCUUGAAAACCAGUUGCAUGUGCAAACGAUUGUGUCUGUCUGUUCUGAAAUCGUGUAUUCUCUGUAUGUCGUUUCAUUGAAUUGAAGCUAUAAUACAUGUUGGACAUCCGGUGCGGGUAAAAGCGAGGGAAUUACAGGGCAAAAGGGCAGGACACCUGGGGUUGUGCCUGGGAGGAAUAACCACUGGAUGCAGCUGGCAGCACAAAGCCAGCUGGGUCCUGACAGCUCAGUCCAGCGGCACUGCGGGAGCAUGUCCGAAUCCGCUCUGAAAUAUUCCUUCAGAAUGACCCACUGUGAGUAAUGCCACACAUCAAGCGGAGCUCCUUCACAGGGAGAGAGAGGUCAGAGAGCACACCCUCAGAGGAAAGGGUCUGAUGUUGACCGGGGAGCGGGGCCAAACUCAAAUGAAAGACAAUUAUGAGUCAAAAGAGAAUGGAGUCUUUAUUCUAACCAACCCCAGGCUAGAGACAAGCACAGAAUUUCCAUUUACAAAGGGAUUCAAAGGGAAUGAAAUAGCAGACGCUUUAUGACCUAUUCAAACUUGUAGUGACUAAAAUAACACCAUUUACAUCAUCAUUAAAAUGAUCAGAUCAUCCGUAUUAAAAACUCAUGCAGACCUCAUCUGUGUUUGCAAAGUCUGUAACUAAUGAAUAUACAUCGUUUACACUUCAAGAUAAUGCUAAUGAGCGCUUUCUUUAUAGUGCGUAAUUGACUUGCAUACGGCAUACUCGUUUCCACGCAUUUGUUACACUUCAGUGCAUUACCGCAAAUCCCUCUGCUCAUGUUUACCGAUAAAAGACACAAACUUGCAUAUUUUAAUUUAAGGAGUGUCAUGUUUGCAGGUCAGGAGAUAGGAGAGUUUGGUGCUGGGAGGGAUUCUUGUGUGGCUUCCAUGUUUGUUUUCACCUGUUGAAUAGUUAAGAUGUUGGAAUGCAGUUUGUUUUCAUUUGGAUCUGAAAAGAUGGCUGUACUUUCCCAUAGUAUUAAAGUUCUAUAAAACUAGGACUGGCAAUCGAAAACCAAUUCCAAUUCUGGAAUCAGAAUCGAAAGGUUAGGAUACUUGAUAUAAAAAUGCAAUUUCAAUUCCUCUUAGCCAUUCAGAAAUGUGCAUGUCUGAUAUCUCGAUGAAAGCCCUUAUGAAAAUUAACCAUAUUUUUACUAACCAUGUUUUUACAAAACAUGGUACACAAAAUGGUGCUCAUACAUAUAUUUAUGACUCGCUCUUCAAUAUAUACGCAUUCAAUAAGCAGCCAAAACUACCAUACAGGUUCAUAUAUAAAUGUUUUACUUCAUUUUUUACAACUUUGGAAUUAAAACUGGAAAUCGAUAAGAAUCGGAAUCGAUAAGAGGAAGCGGAAUUGAUCAAAUUCAAACGAUACCAAACCCUAUAUAAAGCACUAUGCAUCUUGUUUUCAGUCGACUCCGCAUUUGAUUAGUUCGGUGGGAGGUUUUUAAAAUGUAAUUUUAUGAUAUUAAAAAGCAAGCUAUCAUAUCAUAUCACAGAACUUUCUACGUCAAACCAUGUAUUGCAAGCCCCAAUAAAAUGACCCUUAAAUCUGCAGUCCGUAACUUUUUUUGGUUAAUAAUGAAGAUAAAUCUGUGAUUUAGCAGCUACAUCAAUCAGUUUUAAAAACUGUCCCCAUACCAUGAAUCACAAUAUCAAGCUUUUAAUAACUCACGUAAAUAUAACUUCGAAAAGUAAAGAAUGUCAACAUUCCAUAAAGUUGAUAUUCCUUUUCAUUUCCUCCACUCUUUACAGUUGAUUUCUUAGUUGAAAAUAUACAGUA